AAUAAAUGUUUUGUUGUAUAAUUUGUUUUUGUUCAAUGAAUGUACUGUUACCUGGUAACAUCUGAUACAUCAAUAUUGCUAUGACAAUUAACAGUUCCAAAUCUUACGCCUAUGAUAAAAGUCAGUAAUCAGCCAGUUAUACAGUAUUUUUUGUUUCCUGUUAGUCAAGUGUGCAUAAUUAAAUAAUGGCAACAGGAAUAAAAGAUCGAAUGAUUCCUUCUAUGGAUACACUGGUCAAAUAUGACAAUCCAGUGUUAGUGACAACUCGUCCAGAAAAGGUACCUAAAGAACAAGCACCAAAAAUUGGAGCAACAGCUUGUAAAGUUCAAACUACUAUUCCUACAAUAGACACACGACAUGAAACUACUGAAAUUCUAAACAGGAUUAUACCACCUAAACAAUGGGAAGAUGAUGGUCAAACGUGGACUCAACAAGUAUCAAGUACACCAGCAACAAGAUUAGAUGUUAUUAAUUUGCAAGAACAACUUGAUAUGAAAUUGCAACAAAGACAAGCAAGAGAAACUGGUAUAUGUCCAAUACGUAGGGAACUUUACACACAGUGUUUUGACGAAAUAAUACGUCAGGUGACAGUAAAUUGUGCCGAGCGUGGUUUACUUUUACUUCGAGUUAGAGAUGAACUUAAAAUGACAUUAGCUGCAUAUCAGACUUUGUAUCAGAGCAGUAUUGCUUUUGGUAUGCGUAAAGCGCUCCAGGCUGAACAAGGGAAAGAAGAUUUGAUUGCUGCCGCAGAUGAGUUGCAAUUGCAAAAAGCUGAACUGGAGAAAACAGUUGCUGAAUUGAAACAGAAAUUUGAACAGGCUGAAAGGAGAUCAGCUGAAUUAAGGGAAGCUGAAGAAAAGAAAUAUACAGAAGAGAUCCAAUUCUUGAAAAAAACAAAUCAACAGUUAAAGACGCAAUUGGAAGGAAUUAUUGCACCAAAAAGAUAAGAUGAACAAAAAUGAUGAUUGCAGUGCUCACUUCUUUAAUUGUUAUACCUUUAAAUAUAAGAUUUUUAUAUUUAUAUUCUUCAAACAAAUUUGCAUGCACCUUCUGUUUACAGAUCCAUAUGUUGAAAGUUAUAAAACAUAUAUUAUUUAAUAGAAAACACAGAUAAAUAAAUAUAUAUUUAUUUGUCAACUUAGUACCAUAAAUAUUUAGUACUAAUCAUAUAAACAGCACUUUACUAAUUUAAUCUGACACAUUUAAG